GAAGAACUCCCGAGCCCUUGAGACUGAAUAUUCACUAUCACCAUGGCCAAUACAGGAAUGGACCGGUCAUUCUUGACCGCGUCCGUAGAAGACCUAGUCGAUCACAUGUCGCUGGCAGAAAAGGUGUCUCUGAUCGCGGGUGAGGAUUGGUGGAGGUCUGUUGCCUUGCCUAGACUCAACAUUCCUUCUGUGAAAGUUACAGACGGACCCAAUGGGGCACGAGGACAGUCAUUUUUCAAGAUGACGCCGGCCGUCGUUCUUCCCAAUGCCACCGCCAUGGCUGCCACCUUUUCCUCAACUCUUCCGACUGAGGCAGCCCGGUUGCUCGCCGCCGAGACCAAGGCCCGCAGCUCUGUCUGCCUGUUGGCGCCUACUAUCAAUAUUUGUCGAAGUCCCCUAGGAGGCAGAUCAUUUGAGUCUUUCAGCGAAGACCCUACCCUUAGCGGUAUCAUCGCCGCAGAGUACAUCAAGGGUCUCCAGAGCCAUGGGAUCAGUGCUGCCAUCAAACACUUCCUUGCCAACGACCAGGAACACGAACGAAUGGGCCAAGAUUCCAUAAUUGCCCCUAGAGCGCUCCGCGAAAUCUAUUUACGGCCUUUUCAGAUUGCACAAGCUCGCGCCGCUCCUUGGUCCUACAUGACUUCGUACAACAAGCUUAACGGCACACAUUGCGCCGAGCAUGACUGGCUCUUGAAAGACCUUCUCCGGGGAGAAUGGGGUUUCGAGGGACUGGUCAUGUCUGAUUGGAUGGGCACGUACUCUGUUGCCGAAGCUAUCAACGCCGGACUCGACUUGGAGAUGCCUGGCAAGCCGCGUUGGCGUCAGCUACAGCUAGUGCGUCACUCGAUCAAUGCCCACAAGAUCCUGCCCGAAACACUCAAUGAGCGAGUUGUAACCCUCUUGAGGUGGGUUCAGAAACUUUCUGCGUUGAACCCCGAUAUCGUCUAUGGCCGUGACGAUUCCAUUGAAUGGACGCGCAAGGAGAACCAGGAGGAGGAUGCCGCUCUAGUACGGCGCAUCGCCAGCGAAGGCAUUGUGCUUCUCAAGAAUGAGACCUCAACGCUCCCCAUUGUGCGCGGAAAAGUAGCCGUAAUUGGCCCCAACGCAAAGAAUGGUGUCAUUACUGGUGGUGGUAGCGCAAGGCUUCGACCAGCCUGGCGUGUCACACCAUGGCAAGGCCUAGUAGACAAUAAGCCUGAUGACAUCGAGUUAUCGUAUACGCUGGGCUGCAAGGGCUCGAAAUUCUUGCCUGUUUUUGGCGAGGAGUUUACUAGCAUGGACGGUGUCACCCCAGGCUUUAACAUGCUGCACUACGCCAUCGUCGAUGGCAAACAGGCAAGCCAGCCUGCUGUCUCCGAAGUUUGGAACAACUCAGACAUAAUGCUGGCCGACUUCAAGCAUCCAGAUCUCGGCGACGACUACUUCACCGAAAUUCAAGCUUUAUUCAUGGCACCAACCACUGGUGACUGGCAGUUCGAAGUGAGUGUUACUGGGCAGGCUUGGGUCUAUCUGGACGAUGAGCUUGUAGCCGAUCUGUCUCAAGAACAGAAGAGAACAUCUUCCUUCUUUGGAAAUGGCGGCAAUGGCACAAUCAUCACAGUGGCAGUUGUUAAAGACAAGGUUUACAAGUUCCGACUGCUGCACGAUUCUAGGAAACCUCCCUUGGCGCCAGGACAGGACAGUCAACCGCUCCAACUCAUCGGCAUGAAGCUCGGCUCUUUCCCUGUCAUUGAUGAAGAUAAGGCAAUCAACGAGGCAGUCGAACUGGCCAAGGCUUCGGAUGUCGCUGUCCUGGUUGUUGGAUUGGAUCAAGACUGGGAGUCGGAAAGUUACGACAGGCCCAACUUGUCUCUGCCUCUCCGCCUAAACGACCUCGUUCGUCGCGUGGCAGUCGAGGCCCCAGACACCAAGAAGGUUGUUAUCCUGCAGACUGGUUCCGCUGUAUCGAUGCCUUGGCUAGAAAACGUCGAUUCCGUCAUAUGGCCCUGGUAUGGCGGAAACGAGGCUGGCAAUGCUAUCGCCGAUGUUGUUUACGGCAAGGUAAACCCUUCUGGUAGAUUGCCUAUCACACUGCCUAAGCGAGAGCUUGACAUUGCCGCCAACCUCAACUUCAAGUCAGCCAGAACCAAGACAUAUUAUGAGGAAGGUAUCUGGGUUGGCUACCGUCACUUCAAUGCUCGUGGCAUUGAGCCCAUGUAUCCUUUCGGUCAUGGUCUAUCAUAUACAUCUUUCGAGUAUUCUGACCUCAUUGUUUCCCCUUCCACGUCGGCUUCUCCGGAUGAGUGGAAGAUCAGCGUUUCAGCAAAGGUGACCAACACUGGCUCCGUUCCGGGUGCCCACUCUGUUCACUUCUACACCACCCCUCCGCCUGCGACCUCAAAUUCCCUGACUCACCCAGAAGUUACGCUGCAAGGUUUCAACAAGACCGCUGUGCUUUUACCUGGAGGAUCCGAAACUGUGACUGUCGAGAUGGACAAGUAUGCCAUCUCCCACUGGGAUGAGCUGACUUCAGUAUGGCGAGCUGAGCCGGGCGAAUGGCACGUUCAGAUUGGGACGAAUGCACAAACUAUGUGUGCAAAGGAAAGGUUUACAGUGCCCCGAAACUUUAAGUGGAUAGGAAUCUAGUAGAGUGUAAAAGAAUUUAGCUUUAUAAAAC